AUGGAUAGCAAACGCAAGGCCGAGGGUGGAAGCGGCGCAGACUCCAGUGACCGCUCUUCUAAGCGUCGCAAGGUUUCGGACUUUGACUUUAACAAAGGCGAGAGCAAGGAGUCAACCACCGCAUAUGGACUUGCAUUUCUGGAGCAGAUCCGCCGAACCUCCGAUAAAAGUGGCCGUUUAAUCGCUACCUAUUUCGAGAAGCUGAUCCCCCGACAAGGCAAUGCCGAGUAUUACAAGAAGACUCGGAUGCCAAUUUCGCUCGAGAUUGUUGAAGGAAAACUAGAAAAAGGCGAGUUUCAAAACUUGGCCGAGCUCGAAAGCUACUUUAAGCGCAUGAUCACAAACGCCAAAGAGUUCUAUCCGCGAUCCUCUUCUGUUUUUGACGAUGCGGAGCGCUUUCGCAAGGCCCUCAGCAACUACAUGACGAAGAAUAAUCCUGCGUAUUCAAAGAGAGGCUACCAGGCUAUCGCGACACCACUGCCUGAGGAGGAUGCCGAGGCUGAGGGUGAUGAAGAUGAUCAAGAAGAUCAAGCCGAUGAGAGCGGAGAUAAGCAAGAAGAGGCGGAAGAGGAAGAAGUAGAGAAAGAGGAGCCAGAAGAAGAAGAAGAGGAGGAAGAGGAGGUCAAGGAGGAGGAGGAAGCCGAAGGCCCCCGUCGCAAGUCAAUCAUUCUUAAGAGGAGAGAAGAACCUGCUGCCUCUCGUUCACGACCGCGAAGAUCUUCUGCCUACCUUCAGGCGAGCCCUAAGCCUGCCACGCCAGCAAAGCCCGACGGCCAUCAAUAUGAAGGUGUCCCUUACAAGGGACUUACAUUCCAAGAGGCGCAGGAAAAGAUUGUUGAAGAGCUGCUCAGGCACCGCGAGCCCGAAUACGAGGAGGUCUACUUUGAACCUUUUGUCAAUCUGCCUCCUCGGGCUCUAAAAGACUACUACAGAAUAGUCACCGAUCCUUUAUCGCUAAAGAAGCUCCAGAAAAUCGUCAAGGGCAUUCAAGGCCGUGGCGAACUGACCGGGGUCAGCGAACUCAAGUCGUGGGCGGCCUUUGAGGAAAAGUCCAAGUUGCUUUGGACAAAUGCCUAUUUUUACAAUGAAGAAGGCAGUGAGAUUUAUUCUCUUGCACAAGAGCUACAAAAAAUGUUUAAUGCUCAACUGAAGAAGGCCAAGGCUGCUGUUUCAGAACCAGCACAAUCAAAAAUUAAGCUCCGUGUCGGCGGCCAUGGAAGUAGCGACACCCCUUCAAACAAGAAAAUCACAAUUCAUGUCGGCGGUCGGGGCAACGAGGAGUCACCAGCCUCAGCUCCAACGUCGGCACCAGCUCAAGGCACCGAGACUCCGACUACCAACGACGAAGGCGUUAACGGCGCUGCCACCCCUGCUGCCCAGGUUGAAGACGGAACCCCGGCUAGUGCCCCUACACCAGGCCAGCUCCCACCCGGCGCUCCGCAACCACCCGGACUAUCGGAGACUCCCGUUCCCGCCCCGCCACCGCCCCCGAACCCCGCCCAACAUAACGAGACAAGGCGGCCUCGAGGCCACGGUAAAGGCGUUAACGAUGCGCUGCUCUCCCGGCUCUCCAUCCUGGCCCAUCCGAUGCUGCAGCUCGCCCAGCCCAGCAUGGGUUCCAUCUACCCGGACCCCAAGUACCUGCAGCAGUCGGGCGUCAUCAAUGUGCCGCCGCACUGCACCCGCGUCUUCGUCGUCACCGCGCUGCCCGAGUUUUUGCACGAGCGCCACUACAGCCUCUGGACGCUCAUCAACCGGCAGCCCGUCAAGCCCUAUCCGCAGAUGAUCCCCGGCCAGCAGCCGCAGGAGCUCGCCUUCGAGGUCGGCCUGCACCCGGGCGUCAACGUGGUCGAGGCCCAUCUGAUCGCCGCCAUCCCCGGCGCGCAGCGGGAGGCAGGAGGUCCUGAGUCGGAGCUGGAGAUCUUUACGGCAUACGUUAACGUGACGAGGAAUUGA